AUGGAAAAUGCAAAGAAAUUUUACACAAAUUACGCCACUACAUCUGAAUUUGCUUUGAGGACAAGAAGUUCAAGAAAAGAUAAGGACAACAAUGUGUGCUACUUGCGAUUAGUUUGUUCAAGGGAGGGCAAAUAUGUAUCUUCCAUCAAACCUGAUGUGAAAACGCUUCCAUGUCAAACAAAUGAAUGUCCAGCUGGCAUUAGCAUUGCAAGGAAGGACAAUAAAUGGUUUAUAAAGAGCGUUGCACUAGAUCACAACCAUGACCUAUGCAUGAAUACGUCUAAGCUUAUUCCUGGGAAUAGAAAAUUGAGCAUGCAAGCCAAACACACGUUGGAGGUCAAUGACGAUGCGGGAGUUCGGAUAAAUAAGAGCUUCCUUAGCAUCGUUAACGAUGCAGGUGGAUUUGAGAAUAUGGAAUUCGUUGAACAAGAUGCACGAAACUAUAUUGCGCAACACAGAAGAUCUUUAUGUAAGGACGGUGAUGGGCAAGCACUGUUAUGA